AUCCAGCAGUGGACAGGCUGACCUGUGAGCCAGGGCCUUGCAACAACGUAAUCUGGACGGUUGAAUGGUUAGUAACAUUCGUUUAUGUUAGUGUUGGGAAUAUGUAAAUAAAUGCUGAUGGCAAUAUCAAAUAUGUUCUAGAAUGCUGCAUCAAAACUAGUGUUACAUUGUGUUGGAGGACUCUACUCCGUGUUAUCAUUUAUCUGCUGUUUAGCUUGUGUAUUUCUAUUGUAGCCAGCACUCUGUUCUGGGUGGGGUUUAGUCUAACUAGCCUCUCUGAAGUUUAGAGGCUGAAAGGGAUGUCAGGUUUGUGUGUGGAAAGAUUACAUUUUGGUAAGGUUUGCUUUGUGACUUUAUAUUCCUACAAGGUGAUCUCUCUAGGCUUCAUUAAAGGGGGAAGAAGAGUGGGCUCUUAUUUACAGUUUAUUCAGGAUUUGGGGUGUCUGCACAUUCUGUGAUCUCCUAUAGACUUACUGCUUUCAAAUGUACAACUUCCACUCUGCGGAAAUUAAUGCGUUCUCUAACUGCUGUUGCAUAUGAUGAAGAGAUCAUUUUCACUUUAAGAAUCUCUGGUUUUCUAGACUGGCAUAAGUGUAUAUAGUGGGGUGUGUGUGGGGUUUUUUCUCCCCUUGCCAAAAAAAAAGUGUCACUCGUUGUGUCUUUAAAUGCUGUUGCUUUCAAACAACCAUUGUGUAGAUGACCCAACACUUUUGAAUUCUGCACUUUGACAUAAGUAAUUCAGGAUGCUGGAGAGCCUCUGGUUGCAGUCAGAACAGUUUAACUAAAAUUAAAGGAACAAUACCUACAUUCUCUUGGCACUAUUGCUACUUCACUGAGCUGUGUUUUGUGGUGCUUAGUAUAACUUUCAAGGGCUGUCUUAGCCUAGGUUAAUGCAUUCAUAUCAGUGUCUAAUGACUCCCAUUGUCUGAUCAGAUUACCUGUCACUUGGCCAAUAAAUGCUGUCAAAAAUUGAUAUUGCGAAAGUGUAUGUCAAGCAUUAGACUGGUUUUGAGCGACCUAUGAUUUGUCAAACAAAUCAACUGGUUUGACACAAAACUAAGGUUGACGCCCCCCCCCACUCUGAGUGUAAACUUUUUGUUCUGGAUGGGUAGGGACUUAUGGGCCUGUGUGUGUGUGUAUAUGUAUCCUACUCAUUUUAUGUUUAGGGCUUGGAAAAGACCAACUUCCUUCUGGUCAUUUUGUACUGUGAUGCAUUCAACAUGUUGGUUCAUUAACUGAUCCCUCAUCUCCUCCUUUUCCUAAAGUAGUAUUGUGGUUUCAAAGGAUAACGUUCGUUCUUUUACUUUAAAGAUCUGCAAUGGUGCAGCUGUCUCCCUCAAGUCCUAGCACACACGGAGAAUCACAUUUGGUGAACAAUGAUGAAGACUACAAAUAUCUGGAUGGCAAGGGGAGCCUUAAACUACUGCAGACCUCAAUCUCCCCAACUGCUUCCCCUCUCCAAGUCUUUGAAACUUAUUUGGAUAAUGGAUUGGUUAGUUUGAAGCACAAAAUCAGGAACAUCGAAAAAAGGAAGGUAUUUGGAAUACUAAAUCUUUCUCUCUGGAAAGGUAACUUGGUUGUAUGUAGGAUGUAGCUAAAGGGUAAUAUAACGGUAAGAUCUGUGAUUUUGUACUAGCUAUCUAAAUAUCUUAGAUGUUUUUGGCUUUAUUUUCAAAGUCAACACAUAAAUCCUGCUCCCCCAAAUAAGAUUGCUGGCAUGCCACUUCAUGGCAGCAUAUGCCCAAGGUUUUCAUUUAUCUCCUAUGAUUAGUCAGGGAGUUUAAGUAAUUUUGGAUAGUUGUUGGAUCUACAACUAAAACAGGUGGGGGGGGGAGGGGGAGAUCUAAUAUUUGCAAUAUUCCUCUUAACUGUGGGAUAACCCGUAUAGUUACAACAUACAAAAAAGAGAAUUUGGAGGAUGUAAAAAAAACAUGACCUGUGGGAAUAGUGGAAUACUCCUAGGUAAAGCAACCUUAGUUGUUAUAACUUUUUUUUUUUUUUAUUCCUAAAAUUGUUCAUCAAGUGUUGGACUUGAAAAGUGUAACACAAACUGGACAAAAAAAUAUAAUCUUACUAUUAUCAACACGGGGGGAAAAAAGCCGAUUUCAAAACGGUGGAUCGUAGGAAGUCUACAGUACGGUUAUAGCAUAAUCGCUUAACCUAACAUAUCAGGAUGUAUUCUAGACUAACUCCCCAACAAAACACUAUUACUCUAGCUUCCCCUCUCAUCCAUUAUACAUUAAUUCUCUUAACUGACACCAUAUUAAGUAUACUGCUGGCAACAAUUGUUGCAACAUGAUCUAGCUUACUACUAAUUGCUACCAGCUACAAAGAGUAUUCUUUCUGUUCAUAUCACUUUCAAUUUGGAAUACUAACAUUUAAUGUCAAUUAUCAGCUGACCGUUACUAGUGUGGUAUAGUUAUACCAAAUCCAUUUUGAAACGAUACAAGGAGAAUAUUUGUAUCCCUUUAGUAAUCUCAAUGGGAGGCUAAUUAUAUCCUUCUAGAACAGGGAAAGUCUGUCAAGAUCAAGGUGUGCCCACUAGGCAUGAUAGGGAAAGUUUACUCUCAGACUUGAGAUUCCCCGUUUUAUUCCCUUUACCCACAUUGCAUCAACUAUAUUGCUAAUUACAAUUGUUGCAACAUUUUGAAUACACCAUAAUUGUAACUGGGCAGUUUACAGGUCUCUGUAGCCUAACUAUUUAUUUGCUAGUGUUAAGUGUUUGUUUACGUAUGAGUUUUUUGUGGGUUUUUUUUUUUUUCUCUGUAUGUUGGAUCCAAUUCCAAACUUUAACCAUUUGUCAUGAGGGUUUUACCUCUUAUCUGUGAUAAUAGGUUUUAUAUAAAUUUUCCCCAAAGGUAAAAUUGGAAGACUAUAAAGAGCGCCUAAAUAAUGGGGAGGUACUCAAUCAAGACCAACUGGUAUGUAUCAUUAUGUAGUAUGUGUCUGCAUCUGACUGAUCACUGUCUAAACCUGUAGAUGUUAUGUGCCAAUCUCAUUUCAUUCCAGGAGGCAGUUGAGAAGUAUGAAGAGGUGAUUCAUAAUCUGGAGUUUGCCAAAGAUCUUCAAAAAACCUUUUCAGUUCUGAACCAAGAUGUGAGUUCACCAUAAUUGUCGCCUUUUUUUUUUUUUGUUUUUGUUUUUUGUUUUUUCCUCCCAGUGAGAACAGUUACUCUUCUAUGAGAAGCAUGUGGCUACACGCUAGUGAGUCUUGGUGCCUGAAAAAAGGUAGUUAGUUUAACUCCUCACUAGUCACAAAGCGCCUUGUAAGGUGGCGCAGGGAGAGAACUGACUAUAAUGGAAGGUAGGCAGAUUAAGUAUAUUGUGCCAGUAACCAGAUGAAGGGUGGAUUGGAUAAGGUGAAAUGGGGAGGCUGAGUGAACAGUGUAAGCUAGUGACCUGGGAUGACUAGUGCGAUCAAGACUGCAUAAUAUUUCAUGAAAAUGGUCACAGUAGUGGGGUGUGUGGGGUUUUUUUUUUUUUAUCCUACCCAUUUUGGUAUCUCUACAUGAUUACACAUUGCAAAGUUUGACAGUCAGUCAAACUGCUCAGCCAACUUUGAAGUGAUUAUCAUGGUCUAAAAGUAACUCUUGGCAACUCCUAUUUGCUUGAACAACUUCCCAAGGUUUGCCAGCUUGAAAGGGUUAAUCAGUGGAAUGGGAUGCCACUCACCCACAAAGUCCUUUAAAGGUUAUAGUCCAAGCAUAAAUCUGAACUGGUGCAGCUUUACUGAUAACAACAUAGAUGUGUCUAAAUCUGCUCCUGUAGUCCUAUUUUGGGUUGCACAUAAUAAAAAAUAAAAAAAAGGUUCGCAGAUUCUGCAAAAAGCAUGUCUAUAGAUGCAGUUAUGCAUUUCUUCUAGUUACUGAAGGCUCAGAAAAAAGCCUUGCGGCGAGAGAAUCUAUUGAAAGUGGAAAUGGAGAAGAAGAGACUGCGUACUAUACUUCAGAUUCAGUACAUGUUCCAGUCAUACAGCCAGGAACAUGUCCAGAAGGACUUUAAGGAUGGAUUGAAUGGUGCACUGUGUCUCUCCUCUAAAGAACUGGACUACCUGUCAAAGUUCUCCAGACUUGUUUGUUCCACAAGGCAUCAGCACAUGAGGUGUGUCAGAUUCACACAACUGUAAUAUGAAGCCAAGCUCUUAAUGUGUUGCAAAUCUAACAUCUGGUGUCCUGGGAACACUGCCUCUCCUGCUAACUAACUUGCAUCACAUGGCUACAUCUUUUGUGCUCAUAAUGUAUACAUGGGAUUUGCUGUCACUUGUUUUGACAUGAUUUUGUUGACCUAAUUCAAGAGUGCUUUUGUGUAUGCAAUAUAUAGUAUUUGGGGGGGGGGGGAAAUACACCCAAUAAACAAACCUGCACUAAGUUUGGAAUCUUGAGGGGGUUAUAAAUUGUUACAUAAUCUAAAGUGACUGCACAAUAUAGGCUAUUAACCAAAUUCACUUCAUUUACAACUUUUGAUAGUGUCUCACACCUCCACAGUGGUGUAUCUACCUUCAAUUGUGCACCUAAUAAGAUUAAUGUAUUCUGUGUAAAGUCUUGAAGACCAGAUGGAUCAGUUGUCAGCCUACUUCUGGAACCUCCUGGAUGGCAGUGAGAAAACAGUAGCUGGGACAAACUGUAAGUCUUGUGGGGGAAGAUGUCUGUCCUGUUGAGCAGUAUUAAAAUGCCUUUGCAUAGCAAUUAACAUUGAUGUUGCUUCCAGAUUGGUCCUAUUGGGCCAAUGGAGUGCAUGACAUGAGCUGUCUUGAUAUAGUGUUUAUUAUUCUUGGAGAAUAAGAUGCAGCAUAUGACUUGCCACAAAUCUAGCCUGUAUUAUUUAAUGUUAUGUGGGGACAUCAAAACACUACCUCCAACUUUGUUCUACCAGUUUCACCUGUUAUGCUUUUUGUAGAUAAAUACUUAAAAUACUUGGUGUCCCGUAUGCUGGACUGUGGGUACUUUGAAAGUGUACCUGAUCCUCCCUCUGAACAGAAGAUACCAGAACCUUCUCUGCAUGCACUGACCAAAAAUCACACCAGUGAGGACAAGCAUGAUCACAGCUGUGGUGUGAACACCAAACCAUCUUGUGACCCCAGUAAGUGAUUUCUAUUCUAGCGCCAAAAUCCUAUGUUGUGGGCAACACAUUAUCUAAUCCUUUCUCUUAGGGAUGUGUGUACACUUGUUAAAUUUUAUUUUUAUUUUUUUUCCUCUUUAAUUAUUGGGUAGUUAACUGACUUGGUAAGAACAUGGCAGUUGUACCACAAAACACAUUCCAAGACCUUUUAUAGAUUAGAUGACUUGGUCCAUAGAACAGUUUGAAAGCUGUAAUCUGACUGCAACAGACUAAGGAACCAUUGACCUAUUAAUUAUGCAAAGUCCUAUAACUGCUGGUGGUUUUAAAUGUCCCCUCAAUUUGAUUUGCUGUAAAUGUGUUAUUUUUUUUUUUUUUUUUUAAUUAUAUUCCCUUUUCCCAGAGCCUCUUGUGGACGGUGUAAGGUGUGAGGUAAGUGGUCUAUAUAACAAAAUUAAAAUAUGUAAGUCUUGUGUCAAUGCUAAAGAACACCUUGCUUCUUGUCAAUUUCGCUUCUCCUCCCCACUUUUGAAAAUCUGCUUUUGCACUUGCAUUCCUAGGUCACUUGCCUUAAUAUGCCAUACUUUUCUACUUAUUUAUAUAGCGCCAACAGAUUCCGUAGUGCUUUACAAUAUUUUGAGAGGGGGGGGAUGUAACAAAUAGGACAAUUACAAGAAAACUUACAGGAACAAUAGGUUGAAGAGGACCCUGCUCAAACGAGCUUACAGACUAUAGGAGGUGGGGUAUUUGAAACAUUAGUACUUCAAAAGAACUUGUCAUGGGUUUCUAACUAUAUAGUUGUAGCUAUGUUUUAGUAUUCUUGCUUUGUUAUACUAGCUUCCCGUAGGCAACACCACACCAGUGGUUCUAGUUAAGGAAGUACCGGAGCCAAAACCAGUACAAAAAGCUUAUACAAAGCUGCAAGGGCUAAGGCCAUGGGGCACAUCUGCUGACACAAAGCUGCAAGAACCAAAGAGAUGGCCUUCUCCUCCCCAUCUAACACCUCUCCGAAAGUCAUGGGAAGCUGCAAGUCUUGUGCAAAACUGCCCUCCUGUUAAGAAAUGUGAGACUGAGCCAAAAGAGGUAUUCACUUUUUAAAAUUUUUUGUUUGUUUAAAACUUUAUCUGAUCUCCGAUUAACAUGUACACCUGUCUAUUCCUAGAAACGUGAACGUGUGCGCAAGGUCCCUCCAGAGAUAAAGAUAACUGCAAGCAGUAAACCGGUAUGUUUUCCAGCAACACAUGGUAUGGUUUGGUUUCUUUAUUAUAGGAUCACUUUUUUUAGAAAAGCUUGUAGGCUGGUCUUAACCACUCAUACUACAGUGUCUUCAAGGAACUCCACUACUUUGACAGCUUUGAGGUACUUAGCGUUUUGAUUUGAGGUCCCAGACUAACAGUACUGUUUACUAAAGUGCAAACUGUGACUUUAAUUAAACCCCAAUGGAGCCAAAGAUUACUUUUUAGAAAUUUUUCCAGUUAUUUAUCUUCGUGUUAAAUUUGAACAUUACUUAGUGGUUUUUUUUUUUUUUUUCACACAAUAGGAGUUGCAAGUGCCUCUUGUUAUAAAUGGGCAGAGUCCUUUGAAGAAAAGGGAGCUACCAUCUGCUUUCCAGGAGAAUUGCAAACCACCUGCAUCAUUGAGCACCACACAGGUCAGGGUUCCCAUCCAGGAAUCAAAUUAUUUUGCUUCUAUGUUCAGCAUGCAAAUCUUAUUGUAUCUUCACAACCUUCAGUUUGUGAAAUAUUUUGCAAGGGCUGUUGGUAUGUAUAUGUUGGCUUUCCAGUCUGACAUCUAAACACUGUGUAGUUAUGUAUACACUCAGCCUCCUGUCACAAAAUAUUGUGCUAGUAUAUCACUGGGAGUUUUGCGUUGAUCAGUUUCAAUGUCUUAAAAAAAAAAAAAAAAAAGAGAGAGAAAUCAUACUCCACUUCUCUUGGUGCUGUCUAUGUAUUGCUGUCCAGAAGAGUGCAGUUCUAGGAACAGCUAAGAUAGUGCAGAACCAUCAGACUCACAGCCCUCUGCUAAAGGACCAGAGUGAGGAAUGAAUAAAUUUUUUUUAUAUUUGAAAAUUCAGAACUGUAGAUGGAUGUGUGGCUGUAUAACCACUUGAUUUUUCUAACUUAUUUGAUCUGUUCAGGGACACAGCUUUGCUGGGGGUAAACUUGGACAUGUGUGCAUAUUAACUUGGUUUAGGGCAUCAACUCUCGUUGUGCUGCCAUACAUCAUGUCCAGGCUCUCUACUUUCUAAAAGGACUGCCAUAUCACACUGAAGUGUGAUAACUAUGGGUUGUCUUGCUUUAAAUUUUUUAUUUUUUUUAUUUUUAUUUUUUCUCCUCCUCAACUCUUCAGUGUCACGUGGUUACACCUCAGUCACCUACAGAGUUCUGCUCAUCUCCAAAUCUUCCAAAAGAUCCAGAACUGAGAAAAAAGAAGCUGGAGGAUCUGAUUGAUCAGAUAAAGGGAACUUACAACUUUAUGCAGGUACAGCCAUGAAAUGGCUUUUAUUUUUAGGAUAUGAAGUGGAGUUUAAUUACUCACAUUGCUAAAACUUGUUAAGGAUUCUCCUGAACCACAAGGCUUUCUUCACUGACCAGUCAUGAGUUGCUAUUAAGCCAGCUAUGGAAGCUUUUUUUCUUAGUCCUUACAAAUGUAUCACAAAUACAAUGCAAUCACCUACAAAAUUUAAACCUUAAAACUCUUUAUUGAAAUCCACUCCAUACGUAACUUAUUUAGAAAGCAUUCUCAAUAUUGAGUUCCAAGGGUGACCUUGUAGAAAUUCACACAUUUUAUCCUCUCAAUAGGUGCCUCCAUCUUGGUUCAAUUUCAGUCAUUGUUACUUCUGUCCACGGCACUUGGCAUGGAAACUGCAUACAAAGAGAAGUGACACUGAGAUUUAUUAAAGGGUUGCUUAAAGUUGUGUAUUCUUGGCACAACUUCAAUUGACUGAAAAUGAUUAUCCUCUUUAAACCACCAUCACUUUGCAGUCUUCUGAAACUCCAUUUCUGUUCAUACUGGCUGAAUUUACUUUAUUUUUUUGAACGCUUUAUUAUAUACAGUCAAAAUCUGACUUGGUUACUUUUCUGAACGACUUGAUAAAUAUCCUCCAUUCUUUCCAUUUGCAAUAUACAGCUUGCUAAAAUGUAAAAACUUAAUGGAGCAUCUCAAGAAAAUUAACCCAAGUGGGGUAUCUGGGUGGCCGCUUUUUUUUUUUUUUUUUUUUCCCCUCCUUCUUUCAAUAGUGAAAACUCCAGAUAAGUGACUGUACCCCUUUUAUUGGUGUUCGUAAAAGGGCUUGACCACUAUGACUUUUGCAUUUAAAAAAAAUUUAAUGUAAAAUCUAUUAAAAUUUGUUGUUUUUCUAUGCAAAUAGGAUUCUGUGUUGGAAUUUGAAUACCCUUCUCUAAGAGCUUCACAUUUGCCUCUUCAAAGCACUCCAAAAGGUGAAUUACUGCAUAGUAACAUUCUACUUUGCUUGUGCACAACCUGCUGAAUAUAAAUAUAACUUGGUUGACUAUGGUAUUGCUGAAACUAGGUUGACUUCUCCUGUGGGAUCUUGGUUCAGUGUAUGCAUACCUUCUGCAUAGUUAUCAAGUUAUCUUGCACUUAACCAAUCCAUGAAGGGAAGAAUAAAUUAUUUUAUAGAACACGAAGGCUACAUAGGCUGACCUUUCUUCUGUAGAUCCUGUUUCAUUUUUAUGUGUGUAACUUUUAUUUAUAUAUAUAUAUAAUUAUUAUAAUUUUUUUUUUUUUUUUUCUUCUUUCUCUAGUUGCAAAUGAUCUCCAUCAAAUGAGUAGAGCAGACCAACCUUCUCCCAAGAAGGUAAGUAACCAGCAUGACCAGAGAACAAUUAAGCAACACAGGAUAAAUGUCAAGCUCCUGAAUAUUGGCCAGACAUAUAUGAACUACAGUUAAGGCCUAAAACAGUCCUUAUGUUCUAAAGGUUAUCUAACUCCAAAUUGGCUGUAAACUUUACUAAUAAGCAACCUCUGCAACCCACAGCUUUAAAAACUGCUCUUUCCAUAAAUGGUGGCAGUAUUCUGUUCUUGCUCUCCACCUUCAAUGAUGACAUUCUUAAUAUCUGCAACGACAGCCAUGGCUAGCCUUGGUUGCUACCAGUCUCUGCCAGACAGAUCCAAAAUACACUGUAAUCUGAACCAUUAAGCAAAAGUUGCCACGAGAUGUUGCUUUGUAUCAGUCGAAGUUACAAACCUAAAACCGUCCAGUCGCCAUUUUAUGACUGACUGACUUCCUAAAUUCAGCUCAGUCUGGUGCUAGCAAAUUGCUUAGAUACAAACCAUAGGGUCAAUCCAACUAUAGGGGAAAUAAAGAACAUAGUGCAACUCUGUAUAACACUCAUAGUAAUGUUUUGUGCCAAUGGGUCACUAACACUUUAACUGAUAAAAUAGGGCAUUCAGAAAUCUAUGGAGAUAUCUGGCAGUAUCUUGCUUCCAAUCACUGGUUUUGCAGCUCUCAGCAGGAUGUAAAACAAAGUGCAUCCAAAAUGAGAUAUAGGAAAAUGUAGAUAAGUAUAAAAGUAACUUAUUACUUACAGAGGUAAGGAUCAAUCAGCAUAAAAUCUGUCCAAUGCGUUUCCUCCCAAUUAGGGACUUCCUCAAGUACUUUUAAAUAGUAAGACAGGUAUACAAAUUAAACUAUCCUUCCCUCUAAUUAAAUUGCUUACAGGGUUAUUCAUAUUUGAGGUAAAUUUAAAAUUUUAUGAUGAAAGUAGCAAAUCUGGAAGAAAAUUCUAAAUUGGAUAUGCUUCCAGCUCAACUAUUCUAGCCUUAAAUGUGUAAUUGAUUUAGGAUUAUUCACCAAAAGGGCGAAUUCAAUUUCACUAAAGACUAACAUACUCAUGCACUCAGUAACUCUGUCCUGCAGGAGUUCAACAGUUCAUGAAGGUUCUAAUUUUAAUGGAAGAUUCAGAGCCAAAGCAUUUUGGUGUCUGGGUAUUUUUAAUGGACCUGUGAAUAAAAAGCUGAACUUGCUGUAGAAUUUUGUAAUUUCUCAGCUGCAAAAACUAAAGUAAUUGCAAGGUCACCGGCUGCAUGGGCUUAGAAGACAUGACUGUAUUUUCUAGAAGUUGUAUUGGAUAAGUCUAGUGACCCUAAUGAGCAUCAAAAUGACUGUUUGCAACAUCAACAGAAGUCUUGUGGCACAGAAGGCUUAUGUCUGAAAGUCAUGGUCCGUAGAUGACAAUUUGACUACUGUGACAUGCUCUCUGGUUCUCAUCUUGCAUUACUAAAUUUAAGCUGUGUCAAGGGUAGGAAACAUACACAAGAUGGUAGCCCCUACUUCGUGUUUUUUUUUUUUCGCAUUGGCUCCAAAAAGAACGGCUUAUAGAAGAGGGAAAACAAAGUGGCUCUGUCACAUCAAAUUCUCCUUUCUAAUAUUUCAAAGUCUGAGGCUUGCUACAAGGUUCACUGGAGAAACUGUUUUUGUUCUUACUAGCAACUUCAUAGUAUGUCAGUCUUGGAAGGUUUGGGCACAAGGUGCUUUCAGCUGUUGUGGACUAAAGUAGACCUUACCCCACCCAUGUUCCCUUGCUACAUAUCUACCAUAAAGGGGUGUGGCUUUAUUUUCUCAUGGCUACCAUUUGGGAUUGCUGCCAAUUGGAAAGCAAUAUGUACAAUUUACUCUUGAGUGUGACUAAAUGUUAAGGUCUGUUAUAAAAUAUAUGCUUUAGCAUUGCAGAACUGUUUAAAUACAAUGAUUGGAAGGUAUGUCUUCUGUUCCUAGGUCUCUUCUCCUCAAACUCCUCCUGCUCCAAAAGAAUUUGAAACAAGUGAGCCACUUACGCAAACAUUCUCAGAACCAGAAACCACUGAAACUACAGAACCAACUCUUCAAUCACCAAAUGUGUGUUUACAUGUGGUACACCCAGCUUCUUAAAUCUAAAUACUGCACAUGAAUAUCUAACUUCAACAUUCCCAUGCAUAUAAAACUAGUCACCAGAACUACAGCUUAAAGGACCACUAUAGUGCCCUGAGGGUGCCCCCACCCUCAGGGACCCCCUCCCGCCUGGCUCUGGAAGGGGUAAAAGGGUUAAAUCUUAGCUCUCAGCCCAGCGCUGGAAAAAAGGUAUCUUCCUCCCCAUCGGCUGAAUGCGCGCGCGUUCAGCCGGUCACAUAGGAAAGCAUUCAUAAUGCUUUCCUAUGGACGCUGGCGGGCUCUCACUAUGAAAAUCAGUGAGAAGCACGCUAGCGGCUGUCAAUGAGACAGCCACUAGAGGAUUGGGGGGAGGUUUAACCCAUUCAUAAACAUAGCAGUUUCUCUGAAACUGCUAUGUUUAUAAAAAAAUGGGUUAACCCUAGAAGGACCUGGCACCCAGACCGCUUCAUUAAGCUGAAGUGGUCUGGGUGCCUAGAGUGGUCCUUUUAAUGUAGUUCUGGUGAGUAUAAUUAUAUGCAGGUGUUUACAUUGCCCCUAGGGAAACCUCCAAGUGGCCACUCAUCAGAUGGCUACUGGAGGGGCUUCCUGGCUCAGUGCUGCACUGUAGGCAUCUCUGACAUUCAGCGUCCCCACACUCUGCAUGGAAAUGCUGAGUUUUCCUCAGAUGCACUGACUCAAUGUAACUGAGGAUUUGCCAAAACUGCAUUUGGCCCCAUCCCUUUCCAAUAUUAGCCCAUGGGAAAGCAUUGGUUUGGCUAAAAAUAAGCAAUUUAGAUGUCCCCAAGGGGAUGGGGCCGGUGCCAGUGGACCUGCACGGCACUGGAAAUAAGGUGAGAUUUUUCAUGCUUGUAUGGGGGUGGCAAGCAACCUUAAUAGUGAGUUUAGCAGUAUAGGGUCAGGAAUAAAUGUUUGUUCCUGACCCUGUAGUGCUCCUUUAAAUGCUUAAUUGGUUUACCGGAGUGUCCCUCUCUACAGCAUCCUGUUACACCUGUUCCAGAAGAUGACUUUGUGCCAGAAGAGAAUCUUGUGCUAAACUCAAACCCUGAGGUACCAGAGAGAAGUCAGGCAAGUCUUGCAUCCACUACUUAACUGGCACUAUCAGGCAGUAACUCCAGAUUGCACCAUUUCAAUGUAAAGCACUACAAUCAUGCAGGCACAAUCGCCAAAGGAAAUCACUCAGUCUUCCCUUCUCUCUGAACAUCUUGUUAUCACCUUAACAUUGCUAUCCUGACCAAAUGCAAUGUUCCUUACUAAAGUUUUCUCAGCCCUUGGUACUUGGAUAUUUUUUUUUUUUUUUUGUCUUGCCCUGACCCACCCCCAAACUGUUUUAAUCUGACAGAACAGCAGUGCUGCAUGGUGAGUGGAAUUGCUGUCUGUGCUGGGUUGCCACCAGUUAACACUAUGUGCAUACACACUGGGACAUGUGGUGCAGUGCUCCCAAUAGUACCAUUUUAGGACAUAUUGAAGAGUCUCUGUAAAAUCAGUAACCCAAGGCUGGUGGCAUUGCUGACACUAACUUAAAUUUAAGCAUUGGUGUAUGUAUUUGGUUUAUUUAUUUUUUUUUCCAGACCCCUCUGCCAAGUGACCAGCUAUCUUCACCCAAAACUCCUGAUAACACUACAGUCUUACCACUACAGCAGGACCAAGUAUCCAUUUCACCCAGGAGUACACCUGUGCGUAUGAAUGCCUUACACUCCCCCUUUCCAGGAAUGCAGGCAGUAAGUUGCUUUUGAAUUCGCCAUAAUCCAUAUUGCACAAUCUCUAUCAUCCAUGCAAGUGAGACAGAUUUUCGAAAUAACUGUGCUAUGAUUUGUCUUAACAGGGCUUUUGCAAAACAGGGAUUUCGUGUGUAUAUAAUUUUACACUUUUUUUUGUGUACUUUAUUUCUCCAGGUGUUUAAAGUUCAUGCACCUAUUCCUCCAUGCAAAGAACUAGAGGUGACUGCAGAACCAUAUUCCCCCGAAUUUCAUCAGACAUUCUCCACUGUAAGCACCCAAACUCUGCCCCAAUGCCCCUUGGACAAUGCUGGAGAACAAAACAUAUUCAUUCAAGAACCUUUAUGUGGUGAGUUUUGUGGGGGUGUGUUUUUUUUUUUUUUUAAAUAUAUACGGGAGGGGUUGGAUUUAUGGCAAAUGACUGAGUCUGUAUACAACAGGGCUGUCCAACUUGCAGCCCCCCAGAUGUUGCUGAACUACAACUCCCGUCAUUUCCUGGCUAUCUGUUUCAUUGAAAGAAUCAUGGAAGUUGUAGUUCAGCAACAUCUGGGGGCUGCAGGUUGGACAGGCCUGGUAUACAAGGUUCAGUGAUUCUUCUAAUUCUCCACCCCCAUCUAGACUUCUGAUAUUAACGACUGAAACCCUAUAGUGGGGCCAAACUUUCCUUUUGCAUUUUGGUUUGCUCAUGCACUAAUAUUUUUGCAUUUCUUUUUACACUAAAUUGCCACCAUUAUUUGUCAAGAGUAAACUGCUAUUGGUGUGAUCAGUUGUAAGAUUCCCUGUUUACUUUCAUGGGCUAUGACUUAUGUGCCUCUGAGCUUUGCUUAAGAACAUCAGGCUAUAACAUGUAAUGGCUAAUGAUUAGUUAAGUUGCCAAAAGGCAUCAGUAACCGUAACUAUGAAUGUUCUAUUGUCUAAAUAGGAAGCCCAUACACUACAUCAGGAAUUCACCAGAUGAAUAGUGUGUCCUGUUACACCACUGCUGCAAACCUAUUGCCUCGAAUGACCCAGCCUUUUGUGAACAGCCGUGGAUCUGCUAGAGGCACAAGCAGAGGGCGCAUCAUGACAAAUGGCCUCCGCUGCCCAACUCCAUAUAAAGGUUGGUAAUUCCACCAAAUCCUAUUUGGUGAUACUCUAUCAACCUGCACAUUCACACUUGAAGGGACUCUGUAGGCACCCAGACCACUUCAGCCCAUUGACGUGGUCUGGGUGCCAACUCGAUCACCCUUAACCCUGCAAGUGAAACUAUUGCAGUUUUAUAAACUGCAAUAAUUACCUUGCAGGGUUAAGUCCUAGUGGCGAUCUAUCAGACAGCCACUAGAGGGACUUUCAGCUUAGACGACUUCUGGUCGUCUAAACGACUCUAGAUGUCCUCACGUUAUGCAUGAGGACCUACAGUGUCGCUGGAAUCCCCAUAGGGAAGCAUUGAAUAAUGCUUUCGUGUGUAGGUCUAAUACGUGUGCAGCCACGGCUUGGGUCUCUCCUCAUGGAUGUCUGUGGGCGGAGCCUGACCCAGCACCAAGGGACAGCGGUGCUGGAUUCAGGUAAGUGUCUGAAGGGGACUUGACCCCUUCAGCAACAGGGGGCAUUUAAAGGGAUUCUCUGUGGAAACUGAUAGCUCGUACCAUGAAUGUCAAAGCACUGCUUGUAAAAUAUGCCACCAUUUCAGAGUGACCAAUUACUUGCUGCCUCUAUCAAAUAUAUUAGCAACAUUCCCUUGACUGCUUUGUUAAAACUGACUUCAAUAAGUCAAUAUGGACAAUAUCGGUCUGAGGCCUCAAUACAUGCUAACCUACUGAGGGUUUUUCAGGUUGGGCUUGGUUUUAAUCUUUAUUGAACGAAGCCUUGCAGAAUGCUACACCAGAAGACUUUUUUUUUUUUUUUUUUUUUUUUAAAUAUGAACCCCUAUCCCCUUUAUGGGUGUUUGUACUCUGCUUCUAAUGAUAUGGCGUCCAUUGCUUUUGAAUUUACAACCUGGCUGCAUCAUAAGGGGACUACUACAGACCUGUAGAUUCCCUAUGUUCCUGGGUCUCCCUUUUUAUAAUGCAGGUUGCUUUUGUAGUUCAGAUCAUUCAGUGGGGUCAAUGGCUGUGACUACAUUUGAUAAGGAUAAGUGUUUGUUUUUUAUUUUUUAAUCUGGAAUGAGAUGUGGCUUCAAGAGUACUUUUAAUCUUGAGACAGUCUCUCAUCUAACUCACUAAAAAAAAAAAAGCCUGCAGGUGCAUGCAGCUAACCCCUAAGCAUUUCACUGGAAUGUUUCUGUAAACCCAAACUUGCUUCACUUAUAUGAAAGUUAACUGUAUACACUGGUUGCAUUGAGGACUCAAGUCCUAAGCAACUUUGUUGUCUUGAUGAAAAUACUCCUCAGCCUGAUGCGACCCUUCACAUUUUUGUUUUGAAGGUGGCUAAGAUAGAAAAAUAAACCUGCGCAUGUCUUCAUUCAAUGUAGGUCCUGAGAGUUACAGAGGAGCGCAUUCUGUCACCAAUGGAAGUUAUGGCCAUGCACCGUGUGCAGGAAGAGAUUAUAAUUCAGCACAGUUUGUCCCUCGGGUAAGAUUUGUUAUGAUGCCUACACUGGAUGUGAAGUUUGUGGGCCUGGUUUUUCUUUAAACCAAACUUGAAAUGAAGCUAUAUGUCAUGGGAAUUAUCAGUUUGUAUAUCUUUAACUUUUUUAUUUAUUUUCUAAUUGUAGGAUGGUAAUGGCCAUCUGGGAAAUAAGAGAGGUACAAUUACUACUGGUGUCCGUUCAAAUUCUAGAGGUUGGUUCUCCCGCAUAAAAUGCUUUUGUUUGUGGGAACAUUAAAUCUUCAGUCAGAACUGACACUUAACACUUUUAAUUCCAUUUACAAAUAGGUUGGAGUGAAUCCUCUCAAACCAGUAGUCCCGAAAGGAAUGAUGUCUUCAGUAACGAUUCAGGACAUGGAGAUUCACGUAGCCUUUCUACUUCUGAUAUGUCAAUGUGCAGCCAGGCGACAACACUCCUGCCAGUUCAUGUCUAUCCACUUCCUCAGCAAAUGAGAGUGGCUUUCUCUGCUGCUCGAACAUCCAACUUUGCUCCUGGAACACUAGAUCAGCCAAUAGUCUUUGAUCUCCUAUUGAAUAACUUAGGAGACACCUUUGACUUCCAGCUUGGACGUUUUCAGUGCCCUGUAAAUGGUACUUAUGUGUUCAUAUUCCAUAUGUUGAAGCUAGCUGUAAAUGUUCCUUUGUAUGUCAAUCUCAUGAAAAAUGAAGAGGUGCUGGUGUCUGCCUAUGCCAAUGAUGGGGCCCCUGAUCAUGAGACCGCAAGUAAUCAUGCGGUUAUGCAGCUAUUUCAGGGCGAUCAGAUCUGGCUUCGUCUGCACAGGGGUGCAAUCUAUGGUAGCAGUUGGAAAUACUCUACCUUUUCUGGUUAUCUGCUCUAUCAGGACUAAUGUCUAGCAUAGUUGUUGGUUGGGAUAAACUUAAGAUGGUUUAUCUGCUGCACUGUUAAUCUGCUAAUGUCUUACUGCAAACUGUUCAUACACUUCAAAAAUAAUUUGUAUCCAUAUUGUAAUAUGGAUACUGUAAGGGUACUGAAGUAUAACUUGCCUAAAGUUGAGU